AUGAAUCAACUGACUUAAGGUAAAUAUAUAUUUAAAAUGAAGGAAUUUCAAAGUUUGAUAUCUUUGGUUAGACAAUUACCUUAAAAAUGAAUAAGUAAAACUAUUACAAGACCUUCUUUGGUGGAAUAGUGUCUAUUAUAGUUUUUUUAAUUAUGAUUAUGUUCUUUUCAUCAGGAAUUAAAUCAUUUUUCAACAAAGAAACUCUUGUAGCCACUGUUCUCACUGAUUUUGAAGAAAUUCCAUCUUAAUCAAUUAUAGAUGAUGCAACAUUUUUAUUUGCUAUUCAAAUUGAUUAAGAAAACUUUUUAUCAAGACCAUUUUUUGAUAUAGAAGUAUUACAAGUAUUAGAAACAAGACAAUUUAAUGGUAGUAAAAUAAGAGAAGAAUAAUAAAUUUAAUUAGUUCCUUGCACACUUGAAAGAUUUACAACAAUCUUUGAAUAAUACAAUAAAAACAUUAGUUAAACUUACACAGACCUAAAUUUAGAUAAAUUUCUUUGUUUUAAGUAUUAUAAUUCAAUAUAAAUAGAAAAAAUGCUACAUUUAUAUUAGAGGGAACUCAUUCAAGUAUAAUAAUUCAUUUAUAUAUAAAGGUAUACAAUUUUCAUACUUAAAAAUAUCUAUUAAGAAAUGUAAUUCAACAAUAAUUUGUGCAAGUUAAGAGGAAAGAGAUGCAGAAAUAAAAUUAAAUGGAUCAUUUAAAAUAAAAUUAUAUACAGUUAAUAAAGUUAAUAUUAGUAAUAUUCAUAGAUCUUAAAUCCAUACAAUCCAAGUGAAAAUUAUUUGCAAACUUAUAUUGAUGAUUCAUUCUAUAUCAAUUUUCUACCUUCAAUAAUCAGUAAAUCAGCUAAUUUAUUUCUUAAAUAAUUUCAAGUAGAAAGUGAUUAAAGUUUAACUCCAUUUCAAUAAAUUACUUAAGAUCAAUUUUAUAUACUUGAUUAAUCUGAAGUAAGGGAGAGAGUUGAUUUCUACAAAGAAGACAAUGUAGAAGUUGCAACCAUUUUCUUAAGAAAAAGUCCAUAUAAAACAUAAAUCUAUAGAAGCUAUCUUAAAAUUGACAAUCUUUUAUCUAAUUUAGGUGGAAUUUAAUAGAUUCUUUUCUUCUUUUUAGGCUUUAUAUUAGCAUUAUAUAACAGAUUUUAAUGUAAUUUCAAAAUCUAUUAUAGUGCUAAUCGAACUUGCUAAUAAACUCUAUGAAUUUAUGUUAGUAGAAAAAUAAUCUAAGAGAAUGCAUGAAAAUAAUCUUAAUCUUGUCAAUCAAUUAAUUACUGAGAGAUAGUAUCUUGAUUCAAAAGUAACUGAAUGUGAUGCGACUAUUUAACUCUUAAAUUAAACCUAAGUUAAAUAAAAAGAAAAUAAUUCUAAAUUGAAAUUCGAAGAUCAAUAAUAAGCUAUAUUUAAGGUAAAUAGAAAAGGCAAAACAUUUUUGAAAAAAUCCACUAAAUUUUAUUAUGAUGAAUAAAAAAAAGCUUAUCGUAGUCAUAUUAGUAAUGGAUUAGAGUACUUUGAAUCUUAAAUAAAUCUUUUAAUAAGAAGAGCAAAACCUAUUAAAUUAAGUUUCCAAUUAUUAAUGAAUUAUGUCUCCUGUUAGUUAUUAUUUAGAAACAAAAGAAAAAUUAUCCUAAUGAAUAAAGCCAUGUAAAGUUAAUUAUAUCCUUUUUAGGAAUCAGUUAUCAACUCAAAUUGAUCUUUUUAAUAUAUUGACUAAAUUAAAUGAAAUAGAUAAAUUAAAGGAAGUACUUUUAACUUCUGAGCAACAACUUUUAUUUGACUUUACACCUAAACCUAUAAUAUCUUUGGAUUAUAAGGAUGUUAAGAUUGAUCGAUUUUUAAUUGAAUAGAAUUCUAGGUGUGAUUUAGAUUUAGAGUAAGCAUAUUUAUUAUUCUUUAAGAAUUCAAUAAAAAGAGAAAUAAAUUAAAGAAGUUGAAAUUUCAUAAAAAAGUCUUCAUCUAAAAGCUGAUUCAUCUUUAUAUGAACGUAUUUACAAAGUAAAUUUCUAUUUAUAAUGUUUUUAGGCCUAUGACAAAGUCUUAAAUGGUUUAACCGUCUCAAAUUAAUAUGAAUAGUACAUAAAUAAUUAAUUAAUCAAUUAAUUAGGAGCAGAAGUUUAAACCAUUUUUAAACUUUCUAAACUUAUUGACUUCUCUGUUUCUUUUUCUAGAACUUUUAGAAGAAAAGGAUAAAUAUUUUAAAAGGAAAUUGAUCCUAUUAGUCCUUGA